AUGGCCGACGCUGGAAACUGGUGCCUCAUCGAAAGUGACCCCGGAGUUUUUACCGAAAUGCUCCGCGGGUUUGGAGUGGAUGGGUUACAAGUCGAGGAGCUGUAUUCACUUGACGAUGACAAGGCUCUCAUGAAACCAGUUUACGGGCUGAUCUUUUUGUUCAAAUGGCGUCAAGGAGACGAUGGAAACGGCACUCAGAGCAGCAAGCCAAAUAUCUUCUUCGCACAACAAGUGAUCCAGAACGCUUGUGCUACACAAGCUUUAAUCAACAUGUUAAUGAACGUGGAGGAUCCAGGAGUGAAACUCGGGCCACUUUUGAGCCAAUACAAAGAGUUUGCGAUCGACAUGGACCCAUCUACCCGCGGUCUUUGUCUUUCGAAUAGUGAAGAGAUUCGCACUGUUCACAACAGUUUUUCCCGUCAAACUCUUUUCGAGCUGGACAUUAAGGGAGGUGAAGCAGAAGAUAAUUAUCACUUCGUUACAUAUGUUCCAAUCGGAGACAAAGUCUAUGAGCUCGAUGGACUUCGUGAUCUUCCAUUGGAAGUUGCUGAUCGCCCAGAAGGAUCUGACUGGGUCGAGGCUGUGAAGCCUAUCAUUCAGCAAAGAAUGCAGAAAUUUAGUGAAGGAGAGAUUACGUUCAAUUUGAUGGCGCUGGUUCCAAAUCGGAAACAACAGUAUCAGGAGAUGUUGGAGAAUCUCAAACAAGCCAACGAAAAUAAUGAACUCGGUGAGCAGAUCGGUGAUUUGGAAAAUGCUAUUAAAGAUGAAGAGUCAAAAAUGGAAAUGUAUAAAAAAGAGAACAGUCGCAGACGUCACAAUUACACUCCAUUCGUGAUGGAGUUGAUGAAGAUUCUCGCUAGAGAAGGAAAAUUGGUUGGCCUUGUCAAUGACGCGUUCACGAGGGCCGAGGCUCGCAAUAAGCGAGGAAAGCUCAAUACGGAAAAGACUAUGCUUCAACUGAAAGAUCCACAAAACGAAUAA